AACCGCCUGGCUGCACCCAGCCGGCUGGGCAUGAGCGAGUCGUGUCCUUCCUGGUGCUCUGCCCCUGGCUUACGGACCAGGGGGUUCUUUGCGAAGCUGCUUUUUUAAGAUGGCUGUGUGAAAUCGUAUGUAAAAGAUUGAUUGUUGUUAGUAGCCAAAGAGGAUGCGUUUUCAGCCUGCGUUAUUCGAGGGGAGCAUUAAGAGCUUUAGAGCCCGAGGUUCAGCAAUUUCUUGCUGUAAUGUUUUGUGGUUGCAUCUGUGGCUUAAGUCAUCCCUUCCUGAGGGAAGGGGCAGAGAAGGCCGAUACUACAGAAAACUAAUGAAUCGGUGUAAUUUGAACCUGUUUUGGUCCUUAGAUGUGUACAGGGUGGCUGCCCCCACAUCUCUUUCUCCACAGCUGCUUUGCCCACAUCUCCCAGGCCUCCUAGCUGAGAGAAUUGGAGAUUAGCGUGGAAGUUCAGCAAACUCUUGUAUCUUGUUAGCUCAGACUAGACAUUAGCAUUCAAUGUGCAGAUAACAUUAAAAACCCCAGUAUUUUUACAGCUCCAGAGGCUACAGUUCCCUGCUCGUGAAGGGAGAGAAAUAUCCGUGGUGAUGCCAGUGCAGGGUAGCUGGGGAUGUAGGUGGUUGCUUUAUUUGAAAGGUUUCCAACAACUCAAAAGCAUUGAAGGUCAGUUUGUGCUGCCGCCACUCUGUGGCGUGCCUGGUGAUAGCCCAAAUUGUGGGUCUGUUCUUACUAACCAGCUAGUUUGGCUGGAAGACGCAGUAAUGUUUUGUUUAAUGCUGCCAGAUAGUGCAGAAUCCAUGCGCAUGGUGUACAGCUGGAAAACUCCAGAGCUCAGUUCUGAGCUCCCCCAUCAAAGUACUUGUACAGAUGAUAAAAAGGACUCCAAAGCAGCUAGUCAAAGUUUAUUUUUCCAAGGUGAUGGUUUGUAGCAUUGCUUUGGGCUCAGACAGAAUCUUCUGUACCUCUAACCCCUUUAUUUUCGUCUUCCUCUUGAAAAAGAAAAGGAGCUUUCGGUAAGACAUGUCGUGGAUCAGAGAAGGCGAGCUGACCAUCAUAGAGAGAUUUUGUGCCAACAUCAUUAAGGCAGGUCCAAUGCCCAAGCAUGUUGCCUUCAUCAUGGAUGGCAAUCGUCGUUAUGCCCAAAAGUGCCACGUGGAGAGACAGCAGGGGCAUUCGCAAGGCUUUGAUAAGCUGGCACAGACAUUACGGUGGUGCUUAAAUCUGGGCAUUCGGGAGGUCACUGUUUAUGCCUUUAGUAUUGAGAACUUUAAACGCUCCAAGGAGGAGGUGGAUGGACUAAUGGAUCUGGCAAGACAGAAAUUUAGCCGCCUACUGGAAGAACAGGAGAGCCUGAAGAAGCAUGGUGUGUGUAUCCGUGUCCUCGGGGACCUGCCACUUCUGCCCUUGGAUAUUCAGGAGCUGAUUGCCCAAGCUGUGCUGGCAACUAGGAACUACAACAAAUGCUUUCUAAAUGUCUGCUUUGCGUACACAUCGAGACAUGAAAUCAGCAAUGCUGUCAGGGAGAUGGCAUGGGGGGUGGAACAAGGACUGCUCGAACCCAGUGAUGUGUCUGAAUCAUUGCUCGAUAAGUGUCUGUACACCAACAACUCCCCUGACCCAGACCUCCUGAUUCGAACCUCUGGAGAGGUUCGGUUGAGUGAUUUCUUGCUAUGGCAGACAUCCCAUUCAUGCCUGGUGUUUCAGUCAGUCUUGUGGCCAGAAUAUUCCUUUUGGAAUUUGUGCGAGGCUAUCCUUCGGUUCCAGAUGAACUACAGUGCUUUACAGAAGGCCAGAGACUCCUACACGGAGGAAAGGAGGCGACAAGAGUUGGAAAGGGAUCAGGCUUACGUGACAAAGAAGCUGCAGCAGGAGGGGUUUGCGUCCCACGGAGACUCUCGGCGCCGACGGACACUGUUGCAGAAAUGCACCGCCAUGCGGGAAGAGAGAAUCCAGGGCUUUCUACAGGCACUAGAGCACAAGAGAGCGGACUUCUUUGAAAGAUUGUGUAUGGUGUCUGCAUGACAUAGGUGCUGGGUUGUUCUUGGGAAGACAAUUUUUAACCUUAUUAGAGGGAACAGCUGCUGCCCGGAGGAAUUCACUCGGUGUGGUUCUGCAGCGGGGAUGCAGGGCUGCUAUAGGAUUUUACGUCCCCGCUGGCCCUGUCUGAGGGCAGGACAGAGUACUGUGAACCUUUCCAGUUCUGUGAAUGCUGCUGAGGAAGAUAAUGCCGUCCCUCUGUGUCCUCUCCCUGCCCCUGAUGAUGGAGAAUACAUGCACCCUGUCAUGUCUCCACUGCUUGGUGCUUUACAGGCCUGUUUUGGUGACAAGUUAACUAAAAUGAGCCUCUGGUUCUGUUUGCCUCCUCAUGAAUUGGCCCAGGCAAACCAUUUCAGUCCUGUUAAGUCAGCCUGCACUUGAAUUCUUUCCAUGGCUUCACAGUAGUGAAUCUUCUGUUGAGAUUUCCUCUGCUGUCCCAUAAGGGGAGCCUUGCUUUCUGUAGGGAGAGGAUUAUUCCUGGUGUAGAAGGGAGCCCUGUGCCAAGUGGUGGCAGAGAUAUUCCCCACUGCCUCCUUGAUGAUAGCAUUUUGUCUUUUCCCCACCUUGCCGUGCUGGUUUUGAUGUAUCUGCUGUUGGCUUCCAGAGAGCUAAAGCAAGGUGGUGUCAGCCUUGCCGUAAAGACAAAAAAGAUGCUCGAAAGCUUCAUCGGGUUCUGUGAUUCCUUCUGAGCAGCCUGUGUGGGGAAAA